AAUGACGAGAGUGGCUUCUAUAAGUCCACUUUGCUCAAUAAUCCUCCUCCAAGAUAGGCCACUCUGUUCUUCUUCUCUCCCCAUUUCAUGCAGAUCUUAAGCUCUCCCUCAACAAAUAUAUCAUAAGCAUCAAUGGAGUAUCUGUCGUUAUCAUCUGGAUCUAUUUCCAAGCUCAGUGGCUUUGCGACUUUGCUUCUCAUUUUGCCUUAUUGCUCAACUUUCACUUGUACAGAAGCUUAUGAUGCUCUUGAUCCAAACGGGAAUAUCACUAUCAAAUGGGAUAUAAUGAGCUGGACUCCUGAUGGCUAUGUUGCGACUGUUACAAUGUUCAACUUCCAGCAAUACCGGCAUAUACAAGCACCGGGUUGGACGUUGGGGUGGACAUGGGCGAAAAAGGAGGUUAUUUGGAGCAUGGUGGGAGCCCAAACCACAGAGCAAGGGGACUGCUCAAAAUACAAAGGCAAUGUCCCACAUUGCUGCAAGAAGGAUCCGACAGUUGUCGAUUUAUUACCAGGAACUCCUUACAACCAGCAAAUUGCAAACUGCUGUAAAGGCGGAGUUAUAAAUUCAUGGGCGCAGGAUCCUGACACUGCAUUGAGCGCAUUUCAGGUCAGUGUGGGUGCUGCUGGAACUACAAAUAAAACUGUAAGGUUGCCAAAGAACUUCACCUUGAAAGCACCAGGACCUGGAUAUACUUGUGGGCCUGCAAAGAUUGUGAGACCAACAAAAUUUAUAACCGCGGACAAAAGGAGAGUGACUCAAGCUCUGAUGACCUGGAAUAUUACUUGCACAUAUUCACAAUUCCUUGCUCAGAAGACGCCAACCUGUUGCGUUUCACUCUCCUCCUUUUAUAAUGAAACAAUAGUGAACUGUCCGACUUGCACUUGUGGAUGUCAGAACAACAUAACACAUCCUGGGAGCUGUGUGAAUCCCAAUUCGCCAUAUUCAGCUUCAGUUGUUUCAGGACCAGCAAAUAGCAAUACUCCUUUGGUUCAGUGUACCAGCCACAUGUGUCCCAUCAGAGUCCAUUGGCAUGUUAAGCUGAAUUACAAGGAGUACUGGCGGGUUAAGAUUACGAUCACGAAUUUCAAUUAUAGAAUGAACUACUCACAGUGGAAUAUAGUUGCGCAACAUCCCAACUUUGAUAAUGUCACCCAGCUUUUCAGUUUCAAUUACAAGGCAUUAACUCCUUACGAAGGCUUAAAUGAUACUGCCAUGUUAUGGGGACUCAAAUUUUACAAUGACUUGAUAACGCAAGCUGGCCCGCUCGGAAAUGUGCAAUCAGAACUGCUUUUCCAAAAGGACAAAUCAACUUUCACUUUUGAGAAGGGGUGGGCGUUCCCUCGGAGGAUUUAUUUUAACGGAGAUAAUUGUGUCAUGCCACCUCCCGAUUCCUACCCUUGGAUGCCAAAUGCCAGUUCUCGACAAACUCUCUCUCUUCUUUAUUCGAUCCUAACAGCCUUGGCUUCCAUGGCACUCGCACUGGCAUUUGUUUGAUGAAUUUGUCUGAGGUCAACUGAAGCUGUGCCUUGUUCAAACAUCCUAGAGAUCCUUCAUAUGAAGCUUAUGGCAAUACAGUUGAUGGGAUCAAAUGAGUUUGCGCUGCACAUUGACUCGAUACAAAUGUGAACGAUAUCCUCAUAACGGGUACCAGCUUUAUCAUUUAAUUUAUCAUUUACGGAUUUCGUUUCUUCCAUACCAUUUUUUUUUUGUUGAAUUGUAGCUGUUGUAUUGCAGUGUCGUUAUAUCAUACUUGAUUAGUCUGUAAAAGUAUCCACAUUGAAUGUGUUUAUAUAUUGUAACAUGGGGCUUCAUGAAGAAAACUUCAGUUCAUAA